GGUCCUAAUGGAAAAGAUUCAAGAGCUGAACCAAGUUGAUACCAGCUCAGGCAAAGGAAAGUCCAUUAAAAGAAACAAGUACAAUCAGUACAUAUCAAACACAAAGAAUAUGAAGGCCCUCUAUAACUCUGUGCGAGAUUUUCGUGACUCUGAAGGAAGGCAGUUAUCAGAGGUGUUUCUGAAACUCCCAUCCAAGUCUUUAUAUCCAGAUUAUUAUGAGGUGAUAAAACAACCAAUUGAUCUAGAAAAAAUUCUUCACAAGUGGAAAAAUGGAGCAUACAUGACUUUUGAUGACAUGAUGGGGGACUUCACAUUGAUGUUUCAGAAUGCAUGUCGAUACAAUGAACCAGAUUCUCAGAUAUAUCGGGAUGCCCUUACUCUACAAAGACAUGCUUUACAAGUUAGUAUUUUUAUUUAAGUUAUGAGGGAGAGAGGGAGAGAGAGAGAGAG